UUAGUCGAGUAACUAUUUACAAUCUUCUGUAAGCAUAUAAGUUAAACGAAAGCUAGUACGUUUGAAUUCGUUUGAAUUUUUGAACAAAUGAAUGUAUUAAAUAUGGAGAAAAAAUUAUUAACAUUUGUAUUAUUUACUUUGGUGGAAUACAUCGAUUGCUGCGCCAUAGAGACUGAUCGCCCAAUGAGUGAAGUAGUCGAACAAAAUCUGAACUCACCAUGGCUGGUGCUUAUUAUGGAUAAUAGAGGAAGAGCGUUUCCGCCAGGUAUCGCCUAUGGAUCGAUUAUCAGCGAAAAUCUCGUUUUAACGGCAGCCAAGGCAGUUUCUAAUCAUAACAUCGGACAUUUAGUAUUAAUGACUGAUUGUGACAUUAAUAGUGAAAGUGAAGGAACCGAUAUUCAAUCUUGCAUAUACAGAAGAGUAUUUCUAAUAUACUAUGAGAACAAAGCUUUUUCAACAACUGUUAAAGAAAAUUAUUGGGCUGUGUUAGAUGUGGAUAAACCGUUUGAACUGACCAAGCGAGUGAAUACCAUUCCAUUGAUAAACGAUAAUAAUAUUGAUGAUAUUGAUAAAAAUAAUUGUUCGGUUUACCACUGGGCAGUUGCAGUCAAUUACGACGAUGCAGCAUUUAUUACAAUGGAGUAUUCAGUUGUGUCUGAUGAAGAAGGAUUCAAAAUAAACAAAGAUGAUGAACAAAGAUUUAAGGACGAUGCAGACUGUAUUCUUGAUCCUUGUACGUUGGAAAAUGAACAACAAGAAAAGAUUCCGCGAAAUAUGAGUUUCGUAGGAAGUCCAAUAGCAUGUCCGCUCAAAAGUGAUCCUACCACAUAUGUACAAGCAGGUUUUGCGACAAUUGUCUACAAAGUAUAUACCCGAACACCACUUAAAUAUGAACAUCUGACAGGAACUUUAUAUGAUCUAUCUCCUCGACAAGAGUCUCUUAAUAAAUUGGUGACAAGACUUACUAACAUAAUAGAAGAAGGAAAGAAAACAUGAACUACUACAGUAUAAACUGUAAAAAUGAGCUCUUUGAAUUCAAAAUUAUAAAAGUUUAUAACCCAUACUGUAAUAUAAAAAUGUAUUUUUUGAAAUGAAGUUAUGCAAUUAAAGCAGCUCAUGUUAUAUUUCAAAAUGAUAAAUUUUAAAAAAGUUCGAAUUACCCGCGUUCUCUCCAUACCCGUAUGAAAAAACAAUAUAUGGUUAAAAUAUAUAAAAUCAUAUAUGUUUGCAACAAAACAAUACAUGAUAUAUUAUAUUGUAUAUUAUA